AUGGCAGCGGCUCUGAACCGGUUUAUCAGCAAAUCCUUAGACAAAUGCUACGCAUUCUUCCAUGCCUUGAAAGGCAAGAGUCGACGAAGUUUUGAAUGGACCGCUGAUUGUGACUCCGCUUUGACCGAACUCAAGGAAUACUUAAGCUCGGCCCCCCUACUCGUGAAACCAAAGGAGUACGAGACCUUGUAUCUAUAUCUUGCUGUCUCCGCCCACGCAGUCAGUUCAGCUUUGGCACGGCGAGUUGGCACAGACGACUUGCCCAUCUACUUUACAAGCAAAACACUUCUCCUAGCACAAACACGGUACCUACCACUUGAGAAAUUGGCACUCGCUCUUGUCUCAGCAGCCAGGAAACUUCUCCCCUACUUCCAAUCCCACACCAUAAUUGUCUUAACGAAGCACCUUCUUAAAAGCCUCUUUCGCAAGGCUGAUCUUUCCAACAGGGUCUCCAAAUGGGCAGUCGAAUUAGCGAACUUCGACAUCCGUUUCGAGCCACAAACGGCUAUAAAGGGUCAAAUUCUCACUGACUUCAUCACAGGAUUAACACCGGAAGAUACGGCUACUCUUAACACUCCCACUCCCCAACCUAUCACAAAGUCAACAAAAGUACCAACGCCUUGGCAACUCUUUCAAGGCGACAGCUUGCAAUUACACGUUGACGGGGCCUCCAACAGCAAUGGAGCCGGGGCAGGGGUUGUCUUAGUUUUCCCUUGUGGCACACUUCAUGAAAGCUCUCUAAGCAUCGACUUCCCGGCCAUAAAUAACGAGGCCGAAUAUGAAGCCUUACUCGCUGGCUUACGCUCGGCAAUAGCGAUGAAAGUUUUCGACCUUAUUGUUUAUUGCGACUCUCAACUCACAGUGAACCAAGUACUCGGAGACUAUGAAGCUCGAGUCCCACGAAUGUCAAAGUACCAGGCAACGGUAACCGAACUCCUCACGAACUUCAAGAAUUUCAAAAUCGAACAGAUCAAUCGCGAACACAAUGCGCAUGCCGAUGCACUCGCUGGCAUUGCCUCAACCUUUAAGGCCUCUGAAUUCAGGACAAUCAACUUCGGCAAUAUCAACCGCCCCAGCUUUGACGCCACUCUAGAGAUUCUCAACGUUGAACUCGGCCCAAGCUGGAUGGACGAGAUCAUUGCGUUUCUCAAGCAUGACACUUUACCAUUAGACAAGAGGGAAGCUUACCGCAUCAGGAACAAAGCCGCUUACUACUGGCUCUCCGAAAGCGGCCAACUCUACAGAAAAUCUAUCUCUGGCCCAUAUCUCCUCGUGGUCCACCUAACCCAAGUGCCCAAAAUUCUCACCGAACUUCACUUAGGGAGCUGUGGCUGCCACUCCGGCGGCCGUUCACUUUGCCAACGAGCAUUGAGUCAGGGAUACUUUUGGAAGAACAUGAAGAAAGACUGUGAAGAAAUCGUUCGCAAAUGCCGACCAUGCCAACUGUUCUCUCCCAUACCAAAGCAACCCACCCAGAACCUCUCCCUUAUCACCAGUCCUUGGCCCUUUGCACAAUAG